CCGGAUCCGCCAGGCGCGGGGAGGUGAGCGAGCCCCGUCCGAAUGCAGCACGAGAUCAUGGAGGUUCCCGCGCUCAACCACAUCAACACCAACAGCAUCAAGCAGAAGCUCGCGGCCAACGGCAAAGAUGGGUUCAAAAACCAGAGGAAGGAUUCGGAGGGCUCCAUGGAGUCGCCAAAUCUGGAGUUUGAGUACGGAGACACAGACAGCACAAUGGCAGAGCUUUCAGAACUUUACAGUUACACAGAAGAUCUUGAGUUCAAUCUCAACAGGGAGUACUUUGAGGAGGACUUCAGGAGACAUGUAAAAGAGCGCAAGUGGGCGGAGCUAAAGUGGGCGGAGCAGAAGGCCCAUGUGAUGCGUCUGCUGGACGCGCUGGAAGUGACCGACCGCCACAAGAGACUACGAGCGGCCCGCGCCGUCCUGUACCUAGCCCAGGGUGUGUUUGGAGACUGCAGCUGUGAGGAGGAGGUCUUGUUCUGGUCGCGCUCCAACGUCUUCCUGCUCUAUGAGAUGGGCCUCUUCUCCGCCCUGCUGGAGCUACUCAGCAUGGAGAUCGAAAAUAGUCAGGCAUGCAGCAGUGCGGUGAGAAAGCCGGCCAUAUCUCUGGCAGACAGCACAGAACUCAGGGUGCUCCUCAGCAUUAUGUACCUGAUGGUUGAGGUGAUGCGUCAGGAGACAGAAGAAGACCGACCAGAGUGGAGGAACGCAAGACAAGCUUUCAAAUCUGAGCUGGGUUGUCCUGUGUGUAACGGCGAGCCGUUUGCCCUCCUGCUCUUCACCAUGGUGACCAAGUUCUGCAGCAUGAGCGCUCCACACUUCCCCAUGAAGAAGGUCCUGCUACUGCUGUGGAAGACUGUUCUGUUUACUCUCGGGGGCUUUGAGGAGCUGCAGACGCAGAAGGUGUGUGUGCGUGAGAGGGCGGGGCUUCCGGCGUUGCCUGAGGAUCCGCUGCAGGUCGUCAAGGUGAUGAGAGCCGCCUCCCCCCCAGCAUCCGCCAUGGAGCUCAUCGAGCAGCAGCAGAGGAGAGGACGCCGCAGCCGCCGGCCUCUAAUGAAGCAGGACAGCUUGGACACAUAUAACGAGCGCGACCCCUUUAAGAACGAUGACACUCGGGACGAGGAUGAGGAGGCCGAAGAUUCUGAGGUCUCCCUGGAGACGGAGGUGGACCCACUCGACCGUGACAUCAUCCAGCGCCGUGAUGUCAUCAUCCAGCCCCCACCCAUGCCCCCCCCUCUGCGCCCCCCCUCAGAGAGAGUGAGCUUCCCGCGGGGGCUGCCCUGGGCCCCCAAAGUCAGGGAGCGGGAUAUUGAGCACUUCCUGGAGAUGAGCAGGAACAAGUUCAUUGGCUUCACUCUGGGAAGUGACACAGAGACUCUGGUAGGACUCCCCAGGCCAAUUCACGAGAGUGUAAAGACCCUCAAACAGCAUAAGUAUGUGUCGAUGGCAGAAGUCCAAAUCAAGAGGGAGGAGGAGCUUCAGCAGUGCCCCAUGACCAUGGGGGAAGAGGACGUGGAAGAGACCCCGGCUGAGAUCCUUUACCAGGGAAUGUUGCCCAACCUCUCCCAGUAUGUGAUUGCACUCCUGAAGCUUCUCCUGGCAGCAGCUCCAACCUCUAAAGCCAAAACCGACUCCAUCAACAUCCUCGCCGAUGUGCUUCCAGAAGAGAUGCCUGUUACGGUGCUACAGAGUAUGAAACUUGGGAUCGACGUCAACCGGCACAAAGAGAUCAUCGUGAAGGCCGUCUCUGCCCUGCUGCUGCUGCUGCUGAAGCACUUCAAACUAAACCACAUAUACCAGUUUGAGUACAUCUGUCAGCAUCUGGUGUUUGCCAACUGCAUUCCUCUCAUCCUCAAGUUCUUCAACCAGAACAUCAUGUCCUACAUCAGCGCUAAGAACAGCAUAUGUGUGCUGGACUUCCCUCACUGUGUGGUUCAUGACAUGCCAGAACUGACAGCUGAAAGCUUGGAGGCCGGAGACAGUGGCGAGUUCUGCUGGAGGAACCUGUUCUCCUGCAUCAACCUGCUCCGAGUCCUCAACAAACUCACCAAGUGGAAGCACUCCAGAACCAUGAUGCUGGUGGUGUUCAAGUCCGCUCCCAUCCUGAAGAGGGCGCUGAAGGUCAAGCAGGCCAUGAUGCAGCUGUACGUGCUGAAGCUGCUGAAGAUCCAGACCAAGUACCUGGGCCGCCAGUGGAGGAAGAGCAACAUGAAGACCAUGUCCGCCAUCUACCAGAAGGUCCGCCACCGCCUCAACGACGACUGGGCUUACGGCAACGAUAUCGACGCGAGGCCGUGGGACUUCCAGGCGGAGGAGUGUGCUCUGCGCGAGAGCAUCGAGAAGUUCAACGCGCGGCGCUACGAGUGCGGUCAGCUGGCCGACUUCGCGCCGGUGGACAACUGCCUGCAGAGCGUGCUGGGGCGGCGCGUGGAGCUCCCCGAGGACUUCCCCUUCAGCUACCCGCUGUGGCUGGAGAGAGAGGUGUUCUCCACGCCCAUACAGUGGGAGGGGCUACUGACGCAGCACUGA